UUUUAAUUAUUUUUCUUGAAAUGUAUACAUCGUUUUAAGUAUACGCGUUAAACAGUUGGAAAUUAAAUAUAUUUCCUCAUAAACAUGGAUCUUCUAAAAGAUACCUCGAGUAGUGAUGAGGUUAAUGUUGAAAAGAGUAAUUCCAAUAAUUUGAGUGAUAAGAAACGAAAAAAGAAAUCAAAAGAAAAGAAAAGAAAAAAACAAAGGAAUGAGAAUCAAGGUGAAGAAACAAUCAAUGGUAAUGAACGUGAGCAGGAGAGAGAAAAUGAUGAAAAGGAUACGUUAAAAAUCAAAAGAAAAAAAUUGAAAAAAAAAAAAUUAAAGGAUGUAGAUGAAGAUGAGGACGAAGAUCAAAGUGAGAAUGAACAUUUUGAUGAUGAAGAGGAAAAUUCUAGCCUAAGUUAUGCAUUAGAUACUUAUACACCAACUGAUGAAGAGAAACAGUUAUUAUGGAAAUUGGAAAUUCAACUGAGGCAUGAGCCACCACCACAGCAUAUGAUCGAAAAAACUGCUGGUACUCGUGUACUAUCAAAAGCUGUCAAAGAAUUAUUUGAAACGCACGUACCAUUGAAGAUUGGAGCGUUUUCAAGCGAAGAAGAUCGUAUUUUAAAAAAAAACUGGAAAGCCUUUUGCAAGCUACACAAUUGGGAUAAAAAAAAUCCAAAGCCUUUUUUAUACAUGAGACCACACAAUAAAUUUCUCUUGCGUUGUCGAAAAAAUAGGUUGCGGUUUGUGCAGUUUUUGGCUGAUGGACUUCAUGAUAGAUCUUUGUAUAGUGUGUACCACAGGUUUCGAAUAUUAUAUGAACCACAUAAAACGAGCAGAUACGCUCAAGAAGAAGAUAACGUUAUAUUAAAUUUCAUUAAAAAUCAUGAUACUAAUGAGUCAUCAGAUCGCAAAUUUGCAGAUUUAGCAAUAAUGUUGAAGAGAACUAGAGCAUCAGUGUGGCGCCGCUAUCGAGUGCUGAAGAAAAAGUAUAAAAUCGCAACAGAGCACUAA